GUAUUUACUGAGCAUGCGCAUAACGAAACCUUCUCUGUUCACAACGUGGAUUCAGUAUAGAGAAAGCAUCAUCAUCAAAUGGCAGACCCAGCAUCAGCCGGUGGUGAUCGUGGUGGUGGAGAUCGUGGAGGAUUUGGACGUGGUCGCGGAAGAGGCCGAGGUCGUGGCCGGGGAAGAGGGAGGGGACGAGGCAAGCCAGAGGAGAAAGAGUGGAUUCCUGUCACUAAACUUGGCCGUCUUGUAAAAGAUGGCAAAAUCAAGCGUUUGCAAGAUAUCUACCUCUUCUCCAUUCCUAUCAAAGAGGCUGAGAUAAUAGACUUCUUCAUUGGCAGCUCUCUCAAAGACGAGGUCCUCAAGAUCAUGCCAGUGCAGAAACAAACCCGUGCUGGACAGCGUACUCGCUUCAAGGCCUUUGUUGCUAUGGGAGACUACUCUGGUCAUGUCGGUCUCGGUGUGAAAUGCUCCAAAGAAGUGGCUACGGCUAUUCGAGGAGCCAUCGUACUCGCCAAGCUCUCUGUGAUUCCUGUGCGUCAAGGCUACUGGGGGAACAAGCUCGGAACCCCUCACACAGUCCCCUGCAAGUUGACAGGCAAGUGCGGCAGUGUGUUGGUGAGACUCAUCCCUGCUCCCAGAGGUACUAGUAUCGUGGCUGCUGGAGUCUCCAAGAAGCUGUUGACAAUGGCUGGUGUCUCUGACUGCUACACCAGUGCUAGGGGACAGACAGCCACUCUGGGAAACUUUGCUAAGGCUACGUUUUAUGCCAUCUCUAAGACGUACACCUAUUUGACCCCUGACCUCUGGGCAGACACAAAGUUGGGCAAGGUACCAUUCCAAGAGUUCACGGACUAUCUGGCCAAGACCCAAGGUCCCCAGCCUAUUGCCAGACCACAGCCCGAGGCCUAAACUACUGAACACUGACCUAUAUUGUUACAUGCAGUACACAUGUUGUAUUGUUGACAGAAUGUGAAUUUUGAGUGAUAUUUCUCUGAUCUGA